UCAUAGUUAAGACAGGUCAAGGUGUCCUUCCACACGUGUUUUACAAGAAGCAGCUGUAACGGAGAGCUAGACGGCUCUUGUGUGUCAAACUAAUUUAUCCUGUUGUUACACGCCUUAAUAUUUCUAUACCGUCAUGUUGAAGUCAGUUGUCCGACUGGUGGGAGCCGCUGUCCGCCUUCCUACGGCCACCACGUCCACGGCCCGAGCUCUGCCGCUCAGCUGCCCGACACUGCGCACUCCUAGCUCGGCAACAACUCGGCCCUUCACCCGGUCUCUCUGGAUGUUAAAUAACAACGGAGCCUCGUCAGGAUACAGACCCAAACUGUUCAGUUCAAAGGUGUUGGGUCCCUCGGCGUCUUGUGGAUGCGGUGGACUGCACACAGAAGGUGACAAAGCUUUUGGCGAGUUCCUGUUCGAUGAAAUCAAAGAGGAGAAGAAGAUCCAGAAAUCCAAAGCCCUUCCUAAAAUGUCUGGAGGAUGGGAGCUGGAGAUGAGUGGCACAGAGGCUAAACUUACAAGGAAUAACGCUGGAGAAAAAGUCACUGUCACAUUCAAUGUCAAUAACAGCAUUCCUCCUAACUUUGAGGAAGAGGCAGAACAAGGGCAGCAGAAGUCAGCAGAGGAGGAGCCAGAAAUAGUUUCAACACCCAACUUUGUCGUUGAAGUAACGAAACAGGCUGCAAAACAUUCCCUGGUGUUUGACUGCCAUUUCCCUGAAGACGAGAUGAGCCACGGUGAAGGAGAGGAGAGCAACAUCUUUGCCAUCCGUGAAGUCAGUUUCCAGCCUGAGGGAGAGACAGAUUGGAAGGAGACCAGCUACACACUCAACACAGACUCCCUCGACUGGGCCCUGUACGACCACCUGAUGGACUUCCUGGCCGACCGGGGGGUUGACAACACCUUUGCCGAUGAGCUGAUGGAGCUGAGCACGGCUGUCGAGCAUCAAGAGUACAUCAAGUUCCUGGAAGACCUUCAGGGCUUUGUUAAAUGCAACUAAUAUAGUUAGGAGGCAGAAGUUAGAUUUCACUUUUCAUCAGUCCACUUUGGAGGUCGGGGGUAUGACGGCACAGUUAAGACUAAAGUAAAUGUUGCAGCACUGAAUGAUUGAAACGUUUGUCACUCUAAAGAGACUGAUGAUGACUUCAGUUUGACAGUGAGCCGUGCUGUCAGCAGUUGUCACAUUUUAAGCUGCGAGUGUGUUCUCUUCAUUGAAAUGUGUCUAUAUUUUUCUGUAAGUUAAAAUAUCCUGUGAGUAUAAAUAUUUGAAGUCCAUAAAUAAUGCAGG